AACGUGUCGUGCACUACACAGUGCCAUUCUAUUCACUAUUUCUAAUUCAGUGACAGGCGUGGAUUUCGGGCUCUGCUCUAAACCAUCAACCUUGAUCCAAACUUUCCCAGCAAGCAUUCAACUGAUCCGUAACACCCAUGUUUUGACAGCUGCUAGAUCGAAAUGUCGUCCAGAUCACAGUAUUCGGCAAGGCAUCCAAUGCUGAAGAAGAGAGAUGAUUUUGAAGACAUUUUGCAGGAGAGGCGGAGCUCCAGUGAUCUGAGAUAUGCACUGAAAUGUUACACACCCACACUUUAUAAAGGACUGGUGCCCUGCAAAGCCAGCAUGCUGAAAGCCAUCGUACUGCAGUCUGAUCACCUGCAGCAUGUUAUCAGACAGGUUUCAUCAGAGUCAGGAGAAAGCAGUGAGCACGUUACUGAAGAAGCAUCUUCUAUUUUGGAUGAAAUGGCUCAUCGCCUGCAACUCAGCACCGUCCGCUUCUUUGCCUUCACGCUCAGCAAAGCCUUUAAAAGACUUUUCCGCAGCGUCUGUGUCAAUGAAGAGGGCAUCCAGAGACUUCAGCAGGCAGUGCAGGAACAUCCGGUGGUCCUUUUGCCCAGUCAUCGUAGUUACAUGGACUUUCUGAUGUUGUCAUACCUACUCUACACGUACGACCUUCCACUGCCAGUGAUUGCGGCUGGAAUGGAUUUUAUGAGCAUGAAGUUUAUUGGCGAGAUGCUGCGGAUGUCUGGUGCGUUUUUCAUCCGCCGGUCGUUUGGAGGAGAUCAACUGUACUGGGCUGUGUUCUCAGAGUAUGUGAAGACCAUUUUGAGGAAUGGCUAUGCCCCAAUUGAGUUCUUUUUGGAGGGAACAAGAAGCCGAACAUGCAAAUCACUCACACCAAAGACAGGGUUGUUGAACAUUGUGAUGGAGCCGUUUUUUAAAGGCGAGCUGUUUGAUGUCAACCUAGUUCCUGUCAGCAUCAGCUAUGAGAGAAUUCUAGAAGAAUCACUGUACGCUCGUGAGCUGCUCGGCGUCCCAAAGCCCAAAGAGUCGACAUCGGGUUUGUUGAAGGCCCGGCGGGUUUUGAGCGAGGACUACGGCAGCAUGCAUGUUUACUUUGGUCAACCCGUAUCUCUCCGCAGUCUGGCAGAGGGAAAAGUCAAUCGCUGUCAGUACAACCUGCUGCCCAGGCACAUUCCUCAGAAACCCAGCGCAGACAAUCAGGCUUUUCUGACUGAUGCUGCGUUUCGGUUGGUGCGCCUACAGGAGGAGAACAUGGUUCUUAAACCCUGGGUUCUCAUUGCCACACUGCUUCUGCAGAACCCUGAUGGACUGGACCUCUCCUCUCUUGCAGAACAGACAGACUGGCUCAGACACCUGGCGCUGGCGUUCGGAGCCUUCUUAGACUGGCCUGAUCACGAGACGUGUGGGAAAGUCAUCAGCUGUAGUUUAGCUCUGCACAGACACUUGUUAAGUGUAUCAGAUGAACAGGUUCAGCUGAACGUCACAGACACGCUACAGGUCGACACCACACCAGAGGAAGCUGUGUUUCAGCGAGCCGUCGUUGUGCUCUCUUGCGCCUCCUACAGGAACCAGAUUUUGCAUGUGUUUGUCAGACCGGCUCUACUGGCUGUGGCCAUGCAAAGCGCAAACUCUCACAGAAAAGAGGAUGUCUACAACUGCUUCAACUUUCUGAGGAACAUGUUCUCCAACGAAUUCAUUCUGUGCCCUGGAGACUCGGUUCAGGACUUUGAAGAGGCGUGUUAUUUGCUGGUGAAGCGUGGAGCAUUACAGGUGUCAGAACAUGAGAUUGUGAUGUCAGCGAGCGGUCACAGCACUCUCACAUUUCUGUGCGCACUUCUGGAGCCGUUUCUGCAGGGAUACCAGGUGGUGUGCAGAUAUUUCUGUGAGGAGACUCGUGAGACCCUGUUAGAGAAGGAGUUUAUUCCUGCUGUCAGGAACUUUGUACUGAAACUCAUAUUAGCAGGACAUCUGAAGUAUUACGAGGCAUUAUCUUCAGACCUACAGAAGAACGCUCUGGCAGCCCUGCUGAGGCUCAAAGCCUUGAGGAAAGUCAAAGUAGGAGACCAGAUGAUGUUAAAGGUGAACAAGAUCGCAGUCAACUCACUGGAGGAUACGCUUGGAGGUAAAAUUCCUACCCAGAAGCCCAUCCUCGCUCGACUGUAGUCACGCACACACUCUCUCUCUCUCUCUCUCUGUCUGCGGUCUCUGGAGGGCCAAGCCAAACUAAACUGCCUUCAUUAACAUAAUGCCAAAUUUUGCAAGGUGGCACGGCUGACUACAAAGGUUACCUGUCAUGGAGCUUUAAAGAGUCGUCACUGGGUUGCCAUCUGGGACGUUCCCGCUUCUUUUUAUCUCUCUCCGUCUUCUAUGAACUCGACAGUGAGUGGCGCAUCUGUGAUCUACGCGGUUUCUUUAUCAGACGCGUUUUAAACAGCUCUAUGAAGACAGGCGUGUUUGAUUUGUCGCGUUUGAACGUCUUGUUGCGUUGCGUUUUAUGCUUUGAUUUAAAACACUGUUACUGUUUGAUACACUAUUACUGGAUUAUUUGUGUUGGGUCUGUUAUCUAUUUUUCGUGCCUGAUUUGAAUUCUUUUCAUUUUGCACAUUAUAUGUUUGCACUGUAGAUUUGGACGUCUGUCGCUUCAGUCUGGGAUCUGGGUUUUUAGGAGUCUUGUUACAAAAGUGGGUCACUUGGAGGAGAUAAAUAAAAUGUCUCUAUUUAUAAAAGCGAAAGGGAGAUUUUUUUAAUUAGGUGAACGACCAUGCAAAUUAGCCAAAUACAGAAACUUGCUGUUGGUAUUCAAUGUUUACAUACUUCUUAUGAACAGCUUUUGUAUUUUUCUGAUGAUAAUAAUAAAUCGUAAUGAAAUGACAGGUUUUAUUUUAUAUAUCCUCGCAGUAUUUUGAAUAUUUCACACUUUGCCUUUCAGUAAUGAGAUGAUUUGACGAUUCGUAGCCAUGGUUGUAUUUGAUGUUGGGGUGUUGUCGGAUUACUGAAUGCUGUUUGCUGUCUUUGAUUUCUUAUUUUUAAGUAUGAAGUCAACAGUUAACAGAUGAUGAAGUAAAAUGCUUACGACCCAGGGUUUGGUCAGAAUUAAGCUUUUAACUUGGUGUGACGAAUACUGAACUGUAUAUACCUUAACACGCUCCUUCUGGGCUAAUAUUUUAAAAACGAUCAAACAUAUUUACCCAUUGAAUUGAUUUAAAGGGGAAUUCAGGUAGCUUUACCUUUCUGUAUUUUUUUUUCCGGGCUGCUCAUCUGAUUUUGUCUGUCUUUAGGUCAAUGCAAAUAAGAACAAGAAAACUCAAGCCAUAUGCAAAGCUAUAAUGUUCACUCCAAUUUCAAUAUUUAUAUUUACAUUACACUAGCUAUGUUUACAUGCACAAAAUUUUGUCAAUCUGACUGAAUUUAAUCCGAUUGCAGGUUAUGACAGUACAGUUUACAUGUAUCUGAUUGAAAUGUUUUUAUGUACAUUACAACCCAAAAGCUUCCCAAUGACUAUUCACAGUCCAAAUACCAAUAACUAAUAUACAAAAUCUUUUUAAUAAUUUUUAACCCGCAGAAAAAUGUAACUUGCUGAAAUCUGAACUCUGCCACAUAACAGAGGACUUGGCAACGCAGCGCACAGCAUCUCAUCGAGUUUACGCUUUAUCUCUGUAUAUAUGUG